ACAAAUCACUCAGUGAUGGAGGAAUUGAUGUCAGUUACUGGAAAAAAUAUGAAGAUUCAUCCCUUCAGAGAGGAAAAGGAUGAAGGGUUUGAUGACAAUGAUGGGUCUUCGACAUUCAGCAUUCUGGCUCUCCUGGGGUUUGCUCUAUGCUGGUUUCAUCUUCAUCGCUACCCUUUUAUUGGUGCUUAUUAUAAAAUCUAUCCAAUUUGUCAUUUGGACUGGCUUCAUGGUGGUCUUCACUCUCUUUUUCCUCUAUGGAUUGUCUUUGAUAGCUUUGGCUUUUCUAAUGAGCGUCUUGAUAAAGAUACCAUUCCUCACUGGCCUGGUCGUGUUCCUUCUCACUGUCUUUUGGGGGAGUCUAGGAUUCACGGUCUUGUACAGGCAUCUUCCUGCAUCCUUGGAGUGGAUAUUGGGUUUUCUCAGCCCCUUUGCCUUCAUGCUUGGAAUAAGCCAGCUUUUACGUGUGGACAAUGAUGUGAAUUCCAAUGCAUUUCCUGCUUUUUCAAACUACUCAAGUCAAAUAAUAGCAGCACAUUUUAUGUUGGCUUUUGAUAUUUUCCUCUACCUGGUAUUGACGAUUUAUUUUGAAAAAAUUUUGCCAAAUGAAUAUGAACACCAAUACUCACCCUUGUUUUUCCUGAAGUCCUCAUUUUGGUCACGACAACGUAAUGCUGAUCAUGUGGCCCUUGAAGAUGAAAUAUAUGCUGAUCCUUCAUCUAAUGACUCUUUUGAACCAGUGUCUCCAGAAUUCCAUGGGAAAGAAGCCAUCAGAAUAAGAAACGUUACAAAAGAAUAUAAAGGAAAGCCUGAUAAAGUAAAAGCUUUGAAAGACAUGGCAUUUGACAUAUAUGAAGGCCAAAUCACUGCAAUACUUGGUCACAGUGGAGCUGGAAAAUCAACACUAUUAAACAUUCUUAGUGGGUUAUCUGUUCCCACCAAAGGUUCCGUCACCAUGUAUAGUAAUAAACUUUCAGAAAUGGCUGACCUAGAAAAUAUCAGCAAGCUCACUGGAAUUUGCCCACAGUACAAUGUGCAAUUUGACUACCUCACUGUAAGAGAAAAUCUCAGACUCUUUGCUAAGAUAAAAGGGAUUCCACCACAGGAAAUGGAACAAGAGAUACAAAGAGUUGUGCUGGAGUUGCAAAUGGACAGUAUUGAAGACGUCCUUGCUCAAAACUUAAGUGGUGGACAGAAAAGAAAACUCACUUUUGGGAUUGCCAUUUUAGGAGAUCCUCAGAUUUUCCUAUUGGAUGAACCAACUGCUGGGUUGGAUCCCUUUUCAAGGCAUCAAGUGUGGAACUUGCUGAAGGAGCGGAAAAUGGAUCAUGUGAUCGUGUUCAGUACCCAGUUCAUGGAUGAGGCUGAUAUCCUGGCUGACAGGAAAGUGUUUCUCUCCAAAGGGAAGCUGAAGUGUGCAGGCUCAAGUCUGUUUCUAAAGAAGAAAUGGGGGAUUGGGUAUCACUUAAGUUUGCAGUUGAAUGAAAUGUGUGUUCAAGAAAAAAUAACAUCCAUUGUUACAAAGCACAUCCCUGAUGCCAAAUUAUCAGCGAAAUGUGAAGGAAAACUUGUCUAUGCAUUGCCCUUGGAAAGAACAAAUAAAUUUCCAGAACUUUAUGAGAACCUUGAUCUCUGUCCUGACCUGGGAAUUGAGAAUUAUGGUGUUUCCAUGCCAACCUUGAAUGAGGUGUUCCUGAAACUAGAAGGAAAAUCAACUGUUGAUGAACCAGGUAUUGCCACAUCUGGGGAAGUACACGCAGAAGGAGCUGAAGACACAGAAAGACUUUGUGAGAUGGAACAAGUUCUCUCUUCACUAAGUGAGAUGAAGGAAAGACUAGGUGGCAUGGCUCUGUGGAGACAGCAAAUCUGUGCAAUUGCAAGGGUCCGCUUAUUAAAGCUAAAGCAGGAUAGAAAAUCUCUUUUAUCACUGCUAUUGAUUCUAGGAAUUGGAGUUUUUUCUGUUCUGUGGGACUACAUCAUCUUCAGUACGUAUGAUGUCAUUUACACAUGGGAACUUUCUCCCCAUUUAUACUUCCUUGCUCCUGGACAACCACCGCAUGAUCCUCUCACUCAAUUAUUAAUCAUCAAUAAUACAGGGGCAAGCAUUGAUGACUUCAUACAUUCCGUGGAGCUUCAGAACAUAGCUUUGGAAGUGGAUGCAUCUGGAAAUAGAAAUGGUAUAGACGAUCCAUCUUAUAAUGGAGCCAUUAUAGUGUCUGGUCACGACAAGAAUUACACAUUUUCAUUAGCAUGCAAUACCAAGAGACUGAAUUGCUUCCCAGUUCUUAUGGAUAUUGUUAGUAAUGGGCUGCUUAGAAUAGUUAGACCAUCAGCACGUAUUCAAACUGGGAGAAGUACGUCUUUGCUGGUGAGUAUGUACUCUAUGACUCCCUCAUCAGGCAUCUCCUGGGUGGCUGGGAUUUUAUUUUUAUUGAGUAAAAUCUGCAGGGAACUGGAUAUUUCAGUUUCAUUCACGAUGUCUUCCCUGUUCUUGGUGUUUUUGUCAUCCAGUUAUGCUCCUUACAUUGCCAUGAGCAGCAUCGAUGAUUAUAAGAACAAAGUGUGGUCCCAGCUUCGGAUCUCCGGGCUCUUCCCUUCCGCUUACUGGCUUGGGCAGGCGUUGGUGGACGUCCCACUAUACUGGCUGAUGUUCCUUCUAAUAUAUUUAUUGGAGUUUAUUUUAAGCUUCAAAGAAAAUAUGUUUGAAUUUAUACUUCACAAUGAGCAAAUCCCAUGUGCUAUUGGUUCUGUACCAUCCCUUGUUUUCUUUACGUAUAUAAUUUCAUUCAUUUUUCGAAAGGGGAGAAAAAAUAGUGGCAUUUGGUCUUUGGGCUACUUUGUUAUCACCCAUUUCGGUAUGGUCAUCAUUCUGGUGGGAAUGUCUGAAAACAUUUUACUGUUUUUCAUCAACUUGAUAACGCCACACACUGCAUUAGUUGCCUGUAUGAUCUUAUCUUUUUAUCAUGGGUGGCUUUUUUCAAUUGAUGGAGAGCUCGUUCUGCUAUUCCUAAUUCCUUUCUUGCAACUUAUUGUUGUGAUUUUUAUUCUUCGAUGUCUGGAAUGGAAGUUUGGAAAGAUAUCAAUGAGAAAGGAUCCCUUCUUUCGGAUUUCUCCAAGAAGCAGUGAUGUACACCAAAAUCCAGAGGAGCCCGAGGAGGAGGAUGAAGAUGUUGAGAUGGAAAGAGUGAGAACAGCAAAUGCCUUGAAUUCCACAAACUUUGAUGAGAGACCAGCCAUUAUUGCCAGCUGUCUACGCAAGGAGUACACAGUGAGGAGGAAACACUGCUUUUCCAAGAAGAAGAAGAAAAUCGCCACAAGGAAUGUCUCUUUCUGUGUCAGAAAAGGUGAGGUUUUAGGAUUACUAGGACACAAUGGAGCUGGUAAAAGUACAUCCAUUAAAGUGAUAACUGGAGACACCAAACCAACUGCUGGACAGGUGCUACUAAAAGGCAGCAGCGAAGGGGACCCUCUGGGGUUCCUGGGGUACUGUCCUCAGGAGAAGGGGCUGUGGCCCAACCUGACAGUGAGGCAGCACCUGGACGUGUUCGCUGCGGUGAAAGGGCUGAGGAAAGCAGAUGCCACGGUCACCAUCACACGGUUGGUGGAGGCGCUCAAGCUGCAGGAGGAGCAGAAGCGCCCUGUGAAGGCCUUGUCAGAGGGAAUCAAGAGAAAGCUGUGCUUCGCGCUGAGCAUCCUGGGAAACCCAUCGGCGGUGCUGCUGGACGAGCCGACCACGGGCAUGGACCCCUCGGGGCAGCAGCAGAUGUGGUGA